AUGAUGCAGACACUUUCAGUCACACUGCACCGAAACAUCGAUGUUGAAAACAAAACAUCGGGCAUUGGAGAAACGCUUGGUGGACGCUUGUCGGAAGCGGGUUUUGACAAAGCCUACACAGUUCUGGGCCAAUACCUAGUGCUAAAAAAGGAUGAGGAACUGUUUAAGGAGUGGAUGAAAGAUGUGUGCCAUGCCAGCUCAAAGCAAGCACUUGACUGCUACAGCUGCUUGCAUGACUGGUGCGAGGAAUUCCUAUAAACAAUUCUCUGGACAACUGUUGGAAGGCCUUGCACAGCUUUAUGUACACAAUGAUAUUUCCCUUCACCCUUUCAAAUAUAUGUCAAGCCCAAAGUAAUACUAAGCUAUCAUUAAAAUGUAUAUUAGCCAGAUCACUAAUAAACUUCAUGUGUAAUUUAACGUAAAG